UACUGGACAGUAUAAAACAAUUAACAUCGAUGUUAUAUUGUACUAUUGUUUCUACAUUUAUAAUAACGACCUGUUUGCUAGUAGUCCAUCUAAAUAAGCGGAAUAUAAAUUAUUAUUGUGCUUCACACGUUGACAUAAAGUAAACACUAUCGAAAUCAUGAAGUAAAGGUGUCUUGAUCUUAUAGCAAUAUGAAUAUUGUUACUGUUAAAAUUUUAGGAUUCUGGAUUUUUACGCUUAUUAUAAUUUUCGACACAGCAUCCAUGAUAAGAAUUCAAGAAAAUCCAAAUGAAAUAAUGAAUGCAACAUCAGAUUUCACUAUUUCGGUAGUUAGUCCACCACUUCUUUUAGGAGAAGGUCCGUUCUGGAGUUCAGAGUUGCAGAAACUGUAUUUUGUAGAUAUAAUUGGCGAAAAAAUAUAUAGUUAUGAUCCAAAUUCUGAACAAACUGUUUCAGCUUCUGUCGGUAAUGGACCUAUCACUUUUAUAAUUGGUGUUGAAAAUAGCAUCGAUAAUUUUAUUAUUGGAAUUGGAAAAAAUGUAACACUUAUCAAGUGGAAUGAUAAUAGUGAUAAAAUUCCAUCGAUUAUAAAUACAUUAGCUACAAUUGACAUUGAUCGCUCCGAUACCAGAUUGAAUGAUGCAAAAAUUGAUUCACAUGGUAGAUUUUGGGGAGGAACAAUGGGAAAGGAAAUAAAUUCUCAAGUUACGCCCAAUCGUGGAUCUUUAUAUAGUAUCGAUCAACACCUUGUUCCAAAAAAACAUUUAUCACCAGUUUCAAUAAGUAAUGGAAUAGCAUGGAAUAUUGAGUACAAUAUAAUGUAUUAUAUAGAUUCACCUACACGAAAAAUAACAGCAUUUGAAUACGAUAUAUAUAAUGGAACUAUAUCAAAUCCAAGAAUUGUAUUUGAUUUUGAUGCCUACAAUUUAACUGGUGUACCAGAUGGAAUGACUAUCGAUAAAGAUAAUAAUCUUUGGGUAGCUAAUUAUGGAGCAGGUCGUGUAUUAAAUAUAGAUCCUAGACACGGAAAAUUACUACGAACAAUUGAAAUUCCAUCACAACGAGUAACAAGCGUAGCCUUUGGUGGAUUAUUUCUAGAUAUUUUAUAUAUAACUACAGCAAGCGCAGAUAUAAGCCUGGAAGAAAAAAAAUCAAAACCAUUCAGUGGCUGUGUUUUUGCUGUACGGGGACUCGGAGUAUGUGGAUUUACACCGAAUAAAUUUAAGUUACAUAAAUCUGAAUUAUAAAAUUUAUACUAAAUUUAUCUCAAAAUAUU